AUACAUAUGAAGGUAGUGAUAAUAAUAUAUCUAUAAGUACAUCAACUUCAACAUCUAGUGAUUAUAUUUCAAGAGUUGAACAAGAAUCUCUUGAAUUACAAGCAAAACCAGCAUUCAAACUUCCUAGUCGAAAAAAACUUUCUGAAAAAUUAUUAGAUAAUGUAUUUAAUGAAACUAAACAUAGUGUUGAAACUCUAAUAAAUGAAAGUAUAAAUAUAUGUCUUAUAACAGAUGGAUGGUCGAAUCUACAAAAUGGAGAGACAAUUGCUGAAAAUAUUGAAAAAGUAAUAGUUGAAGUUGGACUAUCAAAAAUUUCAGCAUUAGUUACAGAUAAUGCCUCCGUAAUGAAAAAGGCUUUGAAUCUUCUAGUGGGUGACAUUAUAAAAAUAUCAUGGUGUGCUAAUAUCUUAAAGAAUGCCAAAGAGAUUGUUUUAUAUUUUCGAUCAUAUCAAAUUCCAUUGGCUAUUCUGCGACGAUAUCAAUUAGCAACUUAUAAACGACGAAUUUCAUUAAAGCUUCCAGUUAAAACAAGAUGGGGGUCUUCAGCAAUGUGUCUAAAUUCAAUUUUGCAAAACCAACUUGUGCUUAAAGUUGUUAUUAUGGAAAUUGAAUAUAGUGAUCAUAAGAUGUUACCUAAAUUAAUUAAAACUGUAAAUAAUCAAAUUAAAAAUCUUUUAGAAAGUCGAUGGAUAAAAAUAUAUCAUCCUGUUAUAUCAUUUGCAUAUCUUUUGGAUCCACAGUAUCAUGGACAAAAACUUACAGCAAACAGUAUGUCAAUUAUAUCACAGUUUAUUCAACGAUAUUAUCCAAGUAAAGUGAAUACUGUUUGGCGGCAGUUAAUUGAAUACAAAACCAAAACUGGCAUAUUCAAUCUUCAGUUGGCAUGGGAAACUGUCAAUAAUGUUGAUCCUGUUGCUUGGUGGAAAGGGAACUUCGAACAAUCAGCACCUGAGUUAUGUAAAGUUGCAAUUAGAAUUCUCUCAAUUCCUUCAUCAUCAGCAGCCUCUGAACAUAAUUGGUCAGCAUUCUCUUAUAUUCAAGAAAAAAAAAGAGCUCGAUUAACAAAUGAACGAAUAUUUAAAUUAGUAUAUAUAUAUAGUAAUUAUAAACUGUCUCGUCCCCGAAAAGAAUUUUCUGAUAUAACAAAUGCUAUAGCACGGUUUAAUAAUAGGCUGUCACAAGAUUCAAAUAGUCAAGAAGAUGCUGAACCAUUAGAUCCAACAGAUGAUGACUUAAAUGAUUCAUAUGAUGAAAUAUUAGUGGAAGAUGGAAGCGAAUUGCUUGAAGAUUUGGAAGAAAUUAAUAGUGAAGACACAGAUAGUGAUGAAGCAGAAAAUGAUAGAUAA